CAAUUACACUUCCCAGCCAAUUCCAUGUUCACGAAAGAUAAAUGCUACUGCAGAGGAAUAGAGCGAGUACAAGCUUUAGGAGCCUUCCCUGGGUGAUUUCAUGAAGACGGCAAAGGAUUCCCUGCUUGACCACCUUUACAGGUGAUUUGGGGUAGAUUCCUGCAGAAACUUUGCUGGUUUGAACAGUGUUAGAGGAUUAAUGGAGGGCCCUGAAGAGCCACACACUGUUACAACAAUUUCAGAAAAAGAAGCUAGCUGCAGUAUAAGUGUACAAAACAUCAGCUACACGGUUAGAGCGCGAGCUGGACCAUGGUGGGAUAUACAAUCAUAUUACAACAAAUGGACAAGGCAGAUUUUAAGGAAUGUCUCCUUUCAUAUGGAAAGCGGUCAGAUUAUGGCAAUAUUAGGAAAUUCUGGCUCUGGAAAGACAACGCUUUUGGAUGCUAUCUCUGGGAGGAUAGGAAGAAAAGGUACAUUGCUCGGUGAGGUUUAUGUGAAUGGUUCCCAGCUAAGGAAGGAACAAUUUCAAGAUUGUUUUUCUUACGUCUUACAGCAUGACAGUCUGCUUGCUCAUCUGACGGUUCGGGAAACCUUGACCUACACAGCUUUGCUGGCACUUCAAAAACACUCUAAAGAUGCCAUAAAGAAGAAGGUUGAUUCGGUAAUGGCGGAGCUGAGUCUCACUCAUUCUGCAGACACAGUAAUAGGAGGACGUGUUUUCAAUGGCAUUUCCAGCGGAGAAAGACGUCGGGUGUCCAUAGCAGCCCAAUUGAUUCAGGACCCCAAAAUAAUUUUACUCGAUGAGCCAACUACCGGUUUGGAUGCAAUGACUGCAAAUCAUAUCGCCUUACUGCUUUCUGAGCUGGCUCGAAAGGAUAGGAUAGUGAUUAUUUCCAUUCACCAGCCACGAUCUGAACUGUUCAGAAUUUUUGAUAAGAUUGCUAUCAUGAGUUGCGGAGAGCUUGUUUACUGUGGUAACCCCCAAGAAAUGAUUACGUUUUUUGAAGACUGUGGAUACGAGUGUCCAGAACACUCCAACCCAUUUGAUUUUUUUGUGGACCUUACAUCUGUUGACACCAGAAACAAAGAGCGUGAAAUGGAGACAUAUGGCAGAGUACACACCAUAGCUGAAGCCUACAUAGACUCCAAUGAGUUCCAGAACACCUUGGAACAUAUCGAAGCAUCAAAGAUGUCUAAAGUGAAGCAGAGCAUCCCAUUCAAAAAAAAAGAAGCCCCAAACGAGUUGUCAAAACUUUUUGUCUUGCUCAGGAGAACACUAAGAAAUCUGUCUAGGAACAAGUCUGGGAUCAUUAUGAGGCUCUCUCAGAAUUUGAUAUUUGGCCUCUUCAUUGCUUUUUUCCUCAUUCGAUUGAAGAAUGAUGUGUUGGAUGGAGCCAUACAGGACAGAGUUGGGGUAUUUUACCAGUGUCUGGGUGGGACAGCAUACACCGGGCUCCUUAAUGCUGUUGCUUUAUUCCCAGCCCUACGUGCCAUCGGUGACCAGGAAAGCAAGGAUGGUUUGUACCAGAAGUGGCAAAUUCUUCUAGCUUACGUCAUCCAUAUUGUGCCAUUCAGCAUUCUUGGCAUUGUGAUAUUUUCAUCUUUUAUAUAUUGGGUUGUGGGACUUAACCCAGAGCUGACAAGGUUUGGAUGUUUCAUUGCAAUCACCCUGCCUCCACACCUCAUGGGGGAACUACUUACCCUUGCAGUCCUUGGUUUGGUGAAUAAUCCCAACAUCGUCAAUGCUGGAGUGGCUUUGCUCAACAUAGCUGGGAUUCUUGUGGGCUCAGGACUACUAAGGAGCUUACAAGAAAUGCCUCGCGUUUUUCAACUAUUAAGCUACAUUACAUAUCAGAGAUAUUGCUGUGAAUUAUUAAUAGUCAAUGAGUUCAAUGACCUGAAUUUUACUUGUGGUGGUUUAAGCAAUUUAACGGGACCUACAUCACAAUGUCCGUUUACUAAAGGGAAUGACUUUAUUGAAAAUACUUACCCAGGAGCCACAUCCAGGAUCACAUUUGACUUUCUGAUGCUUUAUGCCUUUAUCCCUGCAAUGAUCAUUGGCUGCGUCAUAAGUUUUAAAUUGAGAGACAUUAUGAUGCGCAGAUAGGAACUCAAUCCAGAAAUCUAGUGACUAUGACGGCUUGGCUCAGAGGUUAUUCUGUCAAGAUAAACUUUGUUUUUGAAUUUUCCAAGACCAUGCCAUAAGUGUCUUAAUCUUAAAUGAUAUUUUCUGUAAGUAUGUGGAUCUCUGAAGAUUUCAGAAUUUUGAAAACCGAUCACAAUUUUUCAGGAAUUAGCAAGUCUUGAUCUUAGUGUUCACCUGCAGUAACAGUUUGUGGUGAGUCCCCAGGAAUGGAGCUCUAAAAGAGACGUUGGGGUAGAUUCAGAAAGCAAUUGCGUCUACGUAACCAUAGUUACGCAACGCAAUUGCUUAGUUGCGCCGGCGUAU